AUGAUUGAUGAAUACAGUGGUCUUGCACAAGAAAAAGAAAUUCUAUUUACAAUGCGCACCGUUUUUCGUAUCGUUGAAAUUAAACAGACAACUAAGAAUAAUUGUAAUUGGGAAGCACAAUUGACUAUUACUGACGAGAGUGAUCCACAACUGACUGGUCUUACUGAUUGCAUCAAAGAGGAGAUCAAUGAUGAAGGAUGGUAUCGAAUGGGUCAAUUGAUAGUCGAAGUGGGUCAUUUCAAUCAAGCUGAAGAACUCUACAAUGAAUUACUCGCGAAUACUUCCAAUGAUAGUGAUAGAACACAUAUCUAUCACAUGCUUGGAUACUUGAAACACGAUCAAGGUGAAUAUGAAGAAACAGUUACUUUCUAUGAAAAAUCACUCGAAACCAAGCGGAAAACUGUUCCAGAAGAUGAUGCUUCAUCGGCUUCUACUUAUGGCAACAUUGGCACAACGUAUAGGCGCAUGGGGGAUUACUCGAAAGCACUUGAAUUUUACGAAAAGAUUUGA